ACCGGGGAAGAAGAAGGGCCGGGCCGCCCGUUCCCGCGUCCCCCUGCGGCCCGCCCCGCCCCGCCCACCGGGCCGGGCUACGGGAGCCGGCGCGGCCCAGCAGACCGCGGUGGGCGUUUCCCGGCGGGCCCCGCGGCAGAUUGUACACAAUCAUCAUGGCCGCCGCCGCCUCCGCCGCUGCCGACGGUGCCGAGCAGCCGGGCAUGGAGGCGGAGGAGCUGCCGCCGGGCUGCGGCGGGGAGGGCGGCUCGGCGGCGGCGGGGCGGUCUCCGGAGGGCGAGGAGCGCCGGGACCCCCCGCAGGCGGCUGUCAGCAACGGCGGCGACGCGGAGGGCGGGAAGGAGCUGGUGGAGCUAAAGGUUAUCUGGAACAAGAACAAGUACGACGUGAAGUUCUGCCUGGACAGCACGGGGGCCGAGCUGAAGCAGAAGAUCCACUCGCUCACAGGCCUUCCCCCUGCCAUGCAGAAAGUUAUGUUCAAGGGACUUCUGCCCGAGGAGAAAACGUUGCGGGAAAUCAAAGUAACAAACGGCGCAAAAAUAAUGGUUGUCGGCUCCACUAUCAAUGAUGUCUUAGCAGUAAACACACCCAAAGAAGCUGCUCAACAGGAGGUCAAGGCCGAAGAAAACAAAAAGGAGCCGCUCUGCAGACAAAAGCAACACAGAAAAGUAUUGGAUAAAGGAAAACCUGAUGAUGUGAUGCCUUCUGUUAAAGGCGUUCAGGAGCGCCUGCCAACAGUGCCAUUAUCUGGCAUGUACAACAAGUCAGGGGGAAUAAGAUUGACCUUUAAACUUGAGCAAGACCAGCUGUGGAUUGGUACAAAAGAGAGAACAGAAAAGUUACCCAUGGGGUCCAUUAAAAAUGUGGUGAGUGAACCUAUUGAAGGACAUGAGGAUUAUCACAUGAUGGCAUUUCAGCUGGGCCCAACAGAAGCAUCUUACUACUGGGUCUAUUGGGUACCAACUCAAUAUGUUGAUGCAAUCAAAGACACGGUGCUGGGAAAGUGGCAGUAUUUUUGAAAGCACGCUCACCUCUGGCACAGGAAAAUGACACAAAGCUAAGGACACUGCUGGGAGAGGCCUCCAACAUCCCUGGAUGUGAUGGUCCUGGAACUUAUUAAUAAAAUAUGCUAAACGAGGCA